AUGAAGCUGUGGGUUUACACGAGAUCUAUAGCUGAUCCUCUUGCCUCAUUAGAGCUGGCGUCCAACGUUGGUCGAAUGUGUGUCAAAGGCUGUAUUGAUCUGCCUGGUCCGAUGGUGACCAUCACUUCCAGCCUGCUGCUCACCUACUGGUGCAUUGUGCCCCUUCUCCUCGCUUGCACCGCCUGGUGUCGCCGUCGGAAGCAGGAUACGACUACAGAGCAGUUGGUCGCAGAAGAGCCGGCUGACCUGAAGAUGGGCCGUCUCUUCACGGACCUUCUGGCUGUGUAUGGCUACUCUCUGACAGCAUUUGUGCCCUGCUCC